AUACAAUCUAAACACUCGUUCCUCUCCAAUCACAAGGCACAGUGACAGUGGCCUAUAUAGAAGACCUUUGCCAGAGCCUUUGGUGGAGUAAAUACCCUGUCAGUUAUUAACAGCCCAGUGUAUCCAUUCCUUCUGGUAACCAUAGUGCCAGGCAUGACUAAGCCAGCCCCGUAACCUGGGCUUCCAUGGGAAAGUAGUACCUAACUGCUCUCCAGUCAGAUUGGGAAUAUCCUUCCUCUCAGUGCCCAGGCCUAUCUCAGCAACAUUGGAUAUAUGAUUAUGAAAUACCUUUCGUAAAUGGGAAGAGGCUAGGUGUCAUUUGGGGAGUUUCUCAAUAGCAUCACACUGUUCCCUGUCACCUAGACUGUGUGGGGACAGGGUAUCAGUGACUGUGGCUUGCUGAGAUAAGGUGUAAAGCUCACAUGGACUGUGCUGAGAACAGCUCCAGUGUGUCAGCCUCAGCCAGACCAGAGGUGACUCAGCCAUAUUCUGUCAGCAGGUUAUUGUUGGACCCAAACAGGACGUUGCUGUUUUGUCAUGAAUCUGACACAGGCGCUGAAACUAGUCACUUAUUCAGUGACACCACCGAAACCAGAGAUGGAGGAAUUAACAAUAUGGGAGCAGCAUACUAUAACACUCAGCAAAGAUUCCAAGAUGGGGUUUGGCUUUGCGAUAUCAGGAGGCAGAGACCAGCCGAACCCGGACUCGGGGGACGCAUCCGUGAUAGUUUCAGAUGUGGUGCGUAACGGACCCGCUAUGGGACGGCUGUUUGUCAGAGAUCAGAUCGUCAUGGUCAAUGGGGUGUCAAUGGAGAAUGUCUACUCUACCUUCACCAUCCAGAACCUCAAGUCAUGUGGCAAAACAGCCAACAUAACAGUGAAGCGUCCUCGUAAGAUCCAGCUCCCCGCCAGCACCAGACCAUCGCGUGCUGCCUCUCACUCCAACCUGCUGGACCAGGACCCCCCACAGAGGCUCCGACGCUACUCCGAUGGCAGUGACCAGGCCCACAAAGCUGACCGCUAUCGCGCCCCCAGCUCCGCCUUCGACCGCAACGGGACCGCUCAUGCCCUGCCACUCAGUUCGGGGUACAAACGGCUCCCACCACAGGCCUUCCCAGACAAGCCAAUCAAAGCCACCCUGCUGAAGAAGAAACUCACAGAUGAGUAUGGACUGAAGUUGGGAAGCCAGAUCUUCAUCAAACACAUGACUGAGACGGGUCUGGCUGCCAAGGAGGGCACUCUUCAGGAGGGAGACCUCAUUCUCAAGAUCAAUGGGAUGACCACAGAGAACCUGUCCCUUCUGGAGACCAAGCACCUGGUGGAGAAGUCACGGGGAAAGCUGACCAUGAUGGUCCUGAGAGACGACCGCAAGUUCCUGGUCAGCAUCCCCGAGGUGGAGGACAGCGCCCCCAACAGCGAGGAGGACCACCCCGGCAACAGCAGCUCCGAACUGGAGGACAUUUCAGACCUGGAUACAGACAUCCCCACUCCCAGAGACAGAGUGUCACGCUCUGCAACUAGAGAACGACGCACACGCAGAAGAGCUGAGCCUCCUCCUCAAGUAGCUAAGUCACGUGAUCCGUCCCCGGUGCGGUCAACACUGUCCCGGCCUGUUGCAAAAGCCUACCCCUCUCACCGAGCCCCCUCAGAGUCGGAGUCUGACCGCAGUGCCUCACCCACUCCAGUCAGGAAGGACAGCCCAGACCACGCCAACAAAUACAGAACUCUUUCAGGGGUGUCCACCCUCCCCAACCCCAAAGCCUCACCUGCCGUCCUCGACUGGGCCGCCCCACGUUCCUCCCGUCCCUCCUCCUCCACCUCCACCUUGAGACCUCGCAAAGUGGUGUCAGAGUCGGACUCGGACCGCAGUGCCUCCCCACCCCCCAGAAGAGGGGAGAGUUCCCGAGUCACAGAGGACCACUCGAGAUACAGAGUGCUCCCUAACCUGCCCUACCCUGGGACACUGAGAGCCUCCCCCAUCACCAUUCGUCAGGAUCCCCCUCGACGGGUCUCCUCUCCUGUCAAAGCCCCACUCCCAGACUCUGAAUCUGAGUCAGACGGCAGCUCCGGGCCCGCCCACAGCCAGGACUCCCGGAGCAGAUACAGAGCCACUCCGUUGGUAGCCAUGUUGCCCCAAGUGGAGUCCCCCAAGUGGAAAGCCCCCCAAGUGGAGCCCCCCAAGUGGAAAGCCCCCAGUGUCACAAUGAGCAACCCUGCUAAAGGGCGCUCAGGAUCUGAGUCGGAGGCAAGUUAUGCGUCCGUCCCUCGACGGCAGUCUGUAGACAGCGCGAGGCUCCAGGGUAUCCAAGAACAGAUACAGUUGACACAAGCUCUGCAUGAGAUGAAAUCUUCUCCAACUCCAGUAGUGAGACAGGACCCCCCUCGACAAGGCAUGACCCACUCCAGACCAGUCUCAGAUUCCUCUGAUUCGGACCGUGCACCCUCACCCCCUAGGAGGACUGGGAGUACAGAUGUGGAGAGCAACCACAGUAUUCCACGCAGAGCCAAUGGCAAUGUCCGCUCUGGGAUAUCAAUGAAGAGCAACCCUCCGGUCUACUCCAAGACAGAGGAGCCCCUCUACUCCCUACCCCCAGACUCCAUUCCCACACCUAGCUUGGGAUACAGCUCAGAUCUGAACACAGUGUCGUUUGUGAAGGAGGGGAGCGUUGGCCUGAGACUGGUGGGAGGCAACGACGUGGGCAUCUUUGUGGACGGGGUUCAGCCUAACAGCCCAGCCCAGGAGCAGGGCAUUAAGGAGGGGGACCAGAUCAUGAAGGUGAAUGGGGUGGAUUUUGGUCAUUUCAACCGUGAGGAAGCUGCAAUGUUCCUGAUCAACAUCAAGAGAGGGGAGCCGGUGGACAUCCGUACUCAGAACAAGAUGGACCUUUACAAGAAGAUCCUGAAGUCCAACCUGGGGGACUCGUUCUACGUCCGGACCCACUAUGACAACGAGGUGGAGGGCAACAUCGGCCUAGCCUUCACCAGGGGAGAGGUGUUCAGGGUGGUGGACACCAUGCACAAGGGCAAGCUGGGCAAGUGGCUGGCUAUACGCAUGGGCAACGACCUGCAUGAGCUGGACAAGGGCACCAUCCCCAACCAGGCCAGGGCCGAGACUCUGGCCAGUAUGGAGCAGGCUCAGAGGGCCAGUGGAGGAGGGGAUCGCCACGUCUCAGGGCCCAGGGCAGAGUUUUGGAAACUACGGGGGCUCAGAAGGGCCAAGAAGAACAUCCGCAGGACUCGUGAUGACCUGCUCCAGCUCACCAUCCAGGGCAAAUUCCCAGCAUAUGAGAGAGUUCUGCUCAGAGAAGCUAAUUUCAAACGGCCAAUCGUCAUCCUGGGUCCUCUGAACGAUGUGGCCAUGGAGAAGCUGGCCAGAGAGAUGCCUGACGAAUAUGAGGUGGCAGAGAUGGCUCCUCAUAGUAGUGGCGCAGACACCACUUCCACAGUCAUCAAGCUGGACACAGUACGAAGGAUUGCAGAGAAGAACAAGCACCCUCUACUGGAUAUUACUCCUACUGCAGUGGAGCGUCUGAACUACAUCCAGUACCACCCCAUGGUGCUGUUCCUGGACCCACACAGCAGGAAGGACGUCAAGGCCAUGAGGCAGAGGAUGUGCCCCAACUCCAACAAGAGCUCCAGACGCCUCUACGCACAGGCCCUCAAGAUGAGGAAGCACUGCAGCCAUCUGUUCGCAGCUCGUAUUGAUCUCCAGCCCAGCUCUAAUGUGUGGUAUGAGACUCUGAAAGACAAGAUUAGACACCAGCAGGCCAAACCUGUCUGGGUCUCAGAAGUCACGUUGGAGGGAGGCGGAGAGGAGGAGCUGGAUGCAUUGGACCGGUCCCACUCGGACUACCUGAGUGCUGCCAGUGAACUGGAGGACACAGACGGAGAGGCGUUUACAGACGGAGAGGUCUACACUGACAAUGAGGACCUGGAGGAACCAUUUAAUGCCAGCAACCAGUCCCGGAUGUCCAGGCUCACCGCUCUAGCCCGCUCUUCAGAGCCUGCCUCUGAGUACUACAGCCCCGGCCCCUCCCCCGAGCCUCUGAGAGAGGUUCCACCCUUGAUGCAUGUGUCUGAGCCCAGAUCAACCCGUUGUCCAUCUGACGGCCCUCCUCGCGGUGACCUUGCUGAUGACACCCCGUCCUAUCAUAGCUUCUCAGAUUCGGACUUCAGUACCAUUGACCAGGCUGUUCCGACCACCCCCUCGGACACACCCCCUGACUUCAUAGCCCCUGACCCCAGAAUCUCUGUCCCUGAGCCCCAGUCGGCCGAGCUGCUGCCAGAGAGUCCCCCCAGCGUCACACUGUCAGUCAUAGAGAAGAAACUCCAACAGACCCGUAUGGCAGAAUCUCAGGAGAGGAAAGCAUCCCCAUCGUUCAUUGUGUUGGCUCACCACCAGGCUGUCCAGACGAGACGCACUCGGAUCCGAGGCAGUGACAGCUCUGACAAUGAAGAGACUGAUGACAUCGAGUGGGGUCCAGCUACAGAACUUUAGAUUAGAGCACACCAUUCCAGAACUAUAACUCUAGAGAGCAUAGACAACGGCCGUGUUCGAGAGCAUCAAAACCGUGAUGUGACUGACUGACUGAUCUACAAAUAACAAUCAGUCGCUAUUUAUGAUACAAAGUUCAGUUAGUCGGCAGUCGCCUGCACUGUCUGCUACAAUGUCAUAGCCUCUUAAAUGUGAAUUUCUCUCAACUUCAACCUUCAAGGAUCACUUGUUUUUUUCUUCUUCUAUUGGACCAACAUUUUCUUUGGAGAGUUAAGUUGGAGGGCCAAUGCUAGGGCUGCCUUCCGACAUGGGAAUGCAGGCAAUGGCUUCCGCAGACAAGGGCUCACACCUUUCUAAAUGCCUAAUUCCAAGAGAGGAAGAUGUUUCAUUUUGCUGGAAAUUCUAAUAAAAAAACUCAGGGUUUUUGUAUUUAUACAACUUGCAGUAAAGUAUUAUGUACCUUUUUAAUAAAUGCUAUUUUUAAAAUCAAAACUAUGGAGAUACCAACCCCGGCAACAGUUUUGCUGUCAAGGAUGUCAUUUGAACUAAAAACAUUUUAAAGCUGGAAUCCUUAAUUGAAACAAUAACAGUGGUCACCCCACCUUUGGGGUCAAAACGAGUGCUAUGUAUGCAAGGACUGACCACCGAUGAUAUAAAAAUAUAUAGUUUUAACCAUAUUGCGGCUAUACAGUGUUUGUUUACAUUUACUUUGUCUACAAACCAUGGUGUAUAACAAGCUUAUAUUGUGGGUUCUGAUGGGGUACAACAGUUAAACUAAGCUCAUCAGGCAUUUACAUGUUAUUAUUUAAGAAUCAAUGGGUAUAUAUCAUUCAUUUAUAUAUCCAAGAAUGGAUGUAGCAACUAAGGAUUCUAGCUUUAAUGGGAACUGCUCCAAAAACAAUUAUGGACAUUCACAGAAAACUGGAUAUAUCGAAGCUCAAUAUUCUAUCCUGCUUAAUUUGGCUGUUACAAUGAUUCAUUUGUAAAGAUAACGCAUUUGGUUCAUUAAAGAUUACAGACAUGGCAAUGGAA